AUGUCUCUCAGAAACCUCGCUAUCCUCGCCGUCCUCGGCCUCGUCAAUGCCCAAGAUCAGAUCGGAUUCGGUCCUCACUUCUCCCUCGGCCCUACGUCAUCAUGGAUCCGUGAAGCAAACACAACACUUGUUCUCCCUGAGGUGCCAAGCCCACAGAAGGACCGUCUUGCCCUGUGGCCCGGUAUGGGAACAAGCGGUGGUGAUUUGAUUCAGGCUCUUGCUGUUUCUUUCUCCGACCCUGCCGCAAACUGUGGUGCAAAGUCUGGACAAUGGUGCACAUGGGCCAGUACCCUCCAAGACACCCAGCUGGGCGGAAAGCAGGUCCCUGCCGAUGCUGGUGAUAAGAUUACAAUGCAUUACAAGUACAACGAUGAUACCAGCAAGUUUGACCAGACUGUCUCCAUCAACGGAGAGGUUGUGUCGACUCUUUCAACUAGCUCUGGCCAGGCACAGGGCUGGGGUACCGCUGUCGAAUGCCAGGACGAUUCCUGCAAGAGCACUACUGCUGCACACGAAUACCUCGACACUACCAUUAUCCUGGAUGCCGCCGAUUCCUCCUUCAGUGACACUCUGGCUAUCGACGAGGCCACUUCUUCCGGUCUGAAGACAUCCGACAACGGAAAGACCUGGACUGUGUCUAGCAUCAAGAUUCAGUCUCACACCUACAACCUGUAA